GUGUACAUGUUUAAAAUUUAUUUGGAAACAGUUCGAGAAAUACACUAUAAUUUAUACAUGUGAUUCAGAAUGCUGUUCCAGGACACGCUGCUGAUCAUCAAGCCGGACUAUAUGCACAAGCGCCGUCCGGUGCUGCUGAAGGUCUUAGCCUCCGGAUAUCAGAUACAGGGAAGUCGGAAGUUGAAUUUUUCGCCCGAGCUGGCAGCCGAGUUCUAUGCGGACUUUGCAGAUGAGAAGGGCUUCAUGCUGGAGGUAAUAUUGCUAUCUAAGGGCAUUUCUGAGGCCUUUAUUCUUACCAAAGAGAACGGCGUACAGGAUCUGCUGAAUAUCAUGAUGUGUUAUUUUGGCACCGCUUCGGAGCUGGAGCGCAAUAUUCAUGUAACUAAGCAUGUGGAUAGUGUGGCUCGUGAAAUAACCUUUAUAUUUCCGAACUACAUCCAUGAGCCCAUUGAAAUCUUCGAUAGGAAUCGUUUUUGCAACCGUCCUAUGUUGAAGCCUCUGCUCUCGGAAAUCUACGAUAUUAUGCAGAAUGUCGACUGCAGCCAGGAGGAUUGGAAAGUCCGUGUGUCCGACUAUUUGAUGCGUAGCAAUCCCGUCGUGCCGCAGAUCACCAAUCAGUGCCAGCUAAUGCCCGAUCUGAGCAUGCAGGAGAAGUCGCAACAGACGACCGUAACGUACAAGUCAACAGCCAAGGAUGCCAAGCCUAAGGAUAAGGUCUCCAGCACCACCUCUGUGCUGUCCAGCUCCUCGCCGCAUUCGUCGGUAUUGAUAACUACGUCAUCAUGUGUCACUUGCGGUGGAUUCGACCACACCGAGCCGUGUACUGAAGAUAUAGAUCUCACCAAGCGUGUAGAGCCGCAGAGUGAUGAGCCCGUGUGCGUCGAUGAGGAGAUUAUUUGGAAGGAGAUCGUUGUGUAUGAAGAGGUUGUGCCCGAGGAAGAGCAGUCCGAGCAGAAAGAUUUCGCUGAUGUGUUUGGCGAGGAUGAAUUUGCUAUGCUCGAACAGGGCAGCAGCUCGCUGUCCGAUUGUAAGCCAGCAGCACCCUCACCUCAGCCAGAAGAGGUUGGCGUUGGCGAAGACGAACUGGAUGCAGCUGCAGCUGAAGAGGCACCACCACCGGCUGAAGCUGCACCGCCAGCUGCCGAAGCGGCUCCACCAGCGGCUGAAGAGGCACCGCCAGCGCCUGAAGCGCCACCAGCAGCAGAGGAAGCACCACCAGAGGCUGAAGCAGCUGAGACGGCACCACCUGCUGCCGAUGAACCGCCACCGGAAGCAGAAGGCUAAUCAACACCUGUUGCCCGCGUUUUUAUGAUUUACCAAGCAUUUUGUUUUCAUUUCUUCUCUAACAAAAAAUUACUGGUGUACAGAAAAAAGCCCAAACAUCCAAUCACCCAAACACCCAAGCAACCCAAACAAGAACCUGAACGUAUGCGAUGCC